GCAAAACACUUCUCCUCUCCACUCUCAAGAGCAAACCUCUCUAUUCCCCUACACCCGGCACACGUUAGCAUCCACCAUAAUGGCUUCCACCACAACCGCUGCCGCUACCUCAUCUUUCAUCGGAACCCGCCUUCCAGACAUCUACUCCGGAUCUGGCCGGGUCCAAGCCCGGUUCGGUUUUGGCACCAAAAAAGCCGCGCCUAAGAAAGCCGCUUCGAGGCCGACGACUGACCGGCCACUUUGGUACCCAGGUGCUAAAGCACCCGAAUGGCUCGACGGGAGCUUGGUGGGGGAUUACGGGUUCGACCCAUUCGGUCUAGGCAAGCCUGCUGAGUACUUGCAGUUCGAGCUGGAUUCUCUAGACCAGAACCUGGCCAAGAACUUAGCUGGUGACGUGAUUGGGACGCGCACUGAGAGCGCGAACGUCAAAUCCACGCCGUUUCAACCCUACAGCGAGGUUUUCGGUUUGCGGAGGUUCCGGGAGUGCGAGCUGAUCCAUGGAAGAUGGGCUAUGUUGGCUACUUUAGGAGCCCUCUCCGUCGAGUGGCUCACCGGCGUUUCCUGGCAAGACGCCGGCAAGGUGGAGCUGGUAGAAGGAUCAUCAUACCUCGGGCAGCCGCUCCCAUUCUCAAUUACGACAUUGAUAUGGAUUGAGGUUUUGGUGGUUGGGUACAUUGAGUUCCAGAGGAACGCAGAGCUUGACCCGGAGAAGAGAUUAUACCCGGGAGGAAAGUUCUUUGACCCCCUUGGGUUGGCAGCUGAUCCAGAGAAGAAGGCUACUCUUCAAUUGGCAGAGAUCAAGCAUGCUCGUCUCGCCAUGGUUGGGUUCUUAGGGUUUGCAGUUCAGGCUGCUGUAACAGGGAAAGGUCCCCUCAACAACUGGGCUACACACUUGAGCGACCCACUUCACACAACCAUCAUUGACACUUUAACCUCUUAAGGAUUCUCUCUCUCUCUCUAUAUAUAUUUAUAUAUAUAUAUAUAUUCCUUUGCCUCUGAUUGUUUUGCUUGGCUGUAUUAUUAUAUCUGGCUUCCCCGGCUUCUGUAAAAAUUCCAAUGCUUGACAGUUUAAGCAGGCUGUAGCUGCCUCUGCCUCUGUUCGCCAUCUUUCAGUUUUUCCCAAAAUUAAUCCUGAAGCAGGAUAUACAAUUAAGACGA